UAAGUGGAAAUAAGUGAAUGUGUAUCACUUCCCCAACAGCUUUUGGUCUUUCUUCUGUGUGUGUGUGUGUGUGUGUGUGUGUGUGUAGUUUCAGGGUGUCAAGAAGCGUGAUUGUACUGCUUACUUCAUCUCCUCAACACCUCCGUGCCGUUCACUGCCGGAAAAAUGAGGAAGCUGAUCUUGGUGGCUUUGAUCAUUCAACGGGUGAUCACAGUCGACAUAAAUGGAUUCCAGUUUGGAGAUAUAAUUUCUUUCAAACCCAGUUGUAAGACGGUUUUGGGGAAAAGCAUUUUCUACCAGCACUAUGCUGUCUAUGUGGGCGACAGACCACUCCCUGGUAAAAAAAGAAGGGCAGAACAUAUUUGAACGCAUAAACAAAAAGCCUUCCUGUGUUUUCUCUAAACUGGACAUGACUGAGGAGCCUGAGGUGUUCAAUUACCUCGAUGGAUUCACGGACAAGAAAGGAAAGGAGUACAAGGCAGGAACUGAGGCAGAAAUGACCGCGCGCAUCAACAAACGAAAAGCCAACUGUUGGCCGUAUAAUUUCUUGGCCAACAACUGUGAACACCUUGCUACCUAUGUGCGUUACGGAGUGAGAUUUGCACUGCAGUACAACAUGACUGGUGAAAAACACUGCAUUAACAACCCAUUCAGAAUCCGUGCAAAAGAUGUGGUAAAGUUCUUAAGGGAAAAGGAAGGGUGGCACCACAAAAAAGAUCUGCUGACGUAUGUAUGGGAAAAUGAAGAGUGGCUCAACAAUGGCGCCGGCUUACAAGUAUUCCCUCAGUUAACCCUCUCAGUGUGUCUUGCUCUCUUCUGCAUUUUCCUUAUGUGAUAAUCAGGGGCCAUUACAGGAAGUGGGGCGAUACAUUCCUUAAUGUAGAACAGGGUCUAACAGCACAGGAGCAUCUGCAGUUUCUACUUUGAUACAGAGAAUGUCAAGACAGGAUGUUCUCAUAUAUUCUCACACCUCAAGCUUUUUUUUUUGCUCUAUUAGAGGAAAAUAGGGGAGGGUCAUGUCUUUUUAUUCUUUGUUGAGGGGAGGGUCAUCCAAAAAGAUUUUGUCCA